AAACACACACAUCAUAAUUCUGUACUGGAAGUAGCAGUACUGUACUUGGAAAAAGCAAAGGAAAUUUCAAAUUCAAAACUUGGAACAAGCGGUCCCUUUUAGUCCAAAUAACAAUGCACAGAUGUUGACUUGGUGCAAUCAUUCUUUUAAAAGCUUCUUCUUUCUUGCUGUACUCAUCUUUUUCAUGUUGAAUUCAUCGCUCGCAAUAUUUAUUUUUUUAUACUAAAAUCCUUGUCUGAAUCUUCCUCUCUUGCAUAAUUUAUCAUUUAUUAGUGGUGUCUCCAUUUUCUUGUUUCUUGUUUCUUGAUUACAUGUGUAAACUCAUCUUUUUAUUUGAUGAAGAGUGGGCGUUGUUGAAUUAGUCACUUCUUUGUGUGGAUUAGUUAGGCUAUAAUAUCUGCUUACGUAUUAUACUGAUCCUUGAGACCUCUUCUUGAAGAAAUUCUAUAAUAUUGAAUUUGGGGUUUUUAUUCUCUUUUUUUAUUUGACCUCUUCACUUUGAUCCCUAAAUCAUGUCUAUCUUAAGCAAAAGUAAUAGCAGCAACAACAUGGGUACUCCUUCUUUUCAUGAAUUCAAGAAACAAGCUUCUUUCUUUCUCAAGGAAAAGAUCAAGAGUGCUAGAUUAGCUCUUACUGAUGUUACCCCUGCAGAACUGUUGACUGAAGAAGCUAUAAAUGGUAAUCCAUGGGCACCGGACACACGUACUCUUGGAUCUAUUUCAAGGGCUGCUUUUGAAGUUGAUGACUAUUGGAGAAUCGUGGAGAUUCUACACAAGAGGUUCUUGAAAUUUGAAAGGAAGAAGUGGAGGAUUUCUUACAAUUCCCUAAUUUUACUUGAACACCUGUUGACUCAUGGACCUGAGAGUGUAGCAGCAGAGUUUCAGGCUGAUAAAGAUGUUAUCAGGGAGAUGGAAAGCUUUCAAUUCAUAGAUCAGAAAGGAUUCAAUUGGGGGCUUGCUGUCAGAAAGAAAUCAGAGAGAAUACUGAAGCUGCUUGAGAAAGAAAAUCUUCUUAAAGAAGAGAGGAAUAGAGCUAGGAAGCUGACUAGAGGGAUUCAGGGAUUUGGUAGCUUCUGCCAGAGAUCUUCUUCCACACAGAUUCUUCAGAAUGCAUCACAUGGAGCUUUUGCAAGAAGCAAUUCGCAAUUUAACGAGCAUGAUUCUCAGGAAAAUCAGAUUGUCUGCUCAAAUCAAGAAAAUUUAAUAUCAAAGGGUGAAACAAUGAAGAAAAACUCCGAUGAUGUAGCUUCUGAGGUGAUCGAGAGAAGACAGAACUUGAAUUCUGGUGAUCACUUCAGCAAUGACUGGAUGCUUGAGAAACCUGAAACAAGUUUCAAAGAGAACUUGGCUCCUAAAAAGGAAGAAUUACAUGGAUGGAAUUGCACAGGAGAGGAUAAUCCACUCUUGGAAGCAAGAAGAGAUGAACCAAAGAUCAUGGAAGAAGAUCACCCCUUUAGUCUUGCCGAAAAGGAAUCAGUCGGCGUUUCAAUCCUGUUGUGCUAACGUAUAUAGUAAGUAAAGCUCGUUCUUAUGAAAACUACUAUGAUUAUGCUGAUUAAGAGUAGAUUGAAUUCAACUGUA